AUUUAGCCUCUAGUAAAGUCAGCAAAACGAGUAUUCAAAUGUCAUCCUUUAUCUGCGAAAGCGAUCGGGAUGCCUCAAAAACGCGGAAGCAAGUCAAGUUUGGUAUCUUCACACAGACAUCUCUGGCCAAUCCAAAUCCUACCCAUGCCUGAAUGCAGAUGAGUAUUGAGGGUUGGGGGGGGAGAGAGAGCAGCCCAGUCCGAAACAGAAGUGACCGCUAGCUUCAUGUCAACCAUACAGACGUUACUCAACUAGCCGGAGCGGAAAUCUUUGACAGGGAAGAAGGAGAGGGAGAGAUAGGGGGAGAGUGAAGGGUCCCGCUGGAAGGGAUACUGCACUUCAUUUCCGUGCGUUUGAACCGACUUCAUGUUCAUAUCGACUUGAGUUUUACUUAAUUUGAGGAGCUCUGGAAUAUCAGCUGCAGGAAGGUUAGUUAGCCACCGCCAUCUCUUCUCAGUCGGAGCGACCACUGUGUCUUCCACACCAUGGGGAACGCUGCCACCGCCAAGAAGGGCAACGAGCUAGAGAGCGUGAAAGAGUUUCUAGCCAAAGCCAAAGAAGAUUUCUUACGGAAAUGGGAAUGCCCACCACAGAGCACAACGUGCCUAGAUGACUUUGAGAGAUUAAAGACCUUGGGUACCGGCUCAUUUGGGAGAGUCAUGCUGGUGAAACACAAAGGAACAGAGCAAUACUUUGCCAUGAAAAUACUGGACAAGCAGAAGGUGGUGAAACUCAAGCAAAUAGAACACACGCUAAAUGAGAAGCGGAUAUUACAAGCUGUGAGCUUCCCCUUUCUCGUCAAACUUGAGUAUGCAUUUAAGGACAACUCCAAUUUGUACAUGGUGAUGGAGUAUGUUCCAGGAGGGGAGAUGUUCUCACACCUAAGAAGAAUCGGAAGGUUCAGUGAACCACACGCACGGUUUUAUGCCGCCCAGAUAGUGCUGACAUUUGAGUACCUCCAUUCGCUAGAUCUCAUAUACAGAGAUCUGAAACCCGAGAACCUUCUCAUUGACCACCACGGCUACAUUCAGGUGACGGACUUUGGAUUUGCCAAGCGGGUAAAAGGCAGGACUUGGACGUUGUGUGGGACACCGGAGUACCUGGCGCCAGAAAUCAUUCUCAGCAAAGGCUAUAACAAAGCUGUGGACUGGUGGGCCCUCGGAGUCCUCAUCUAUGAAAUGGCAGCUGGCUACCCUCCAUUCUUUGCAGAUCAACCCAUCCAAAUCUAUGAGAAGAUCGUGUCUGGGAAGGUGCGAUUCCCCUCCCACUUCAGCUCUGACUUGAAGGAUCUGUUGAGAAACCUGCUCCAAGUGGAUCUGACAAAACGUUAUGGCAACCUGAAGAACGGGGUGAACGACAUCAAGGGCCACAAAUGGUUUGCCACAACAGACUGGAUCGCCAUCUACGAGAGAAAGGUGGAAGCCCCCUUCAUACCAAAGUGCAGAGGCCCAGGGGACACGAGCAACUUCGACGACUACGAGGAGGAGGAAAUCCGUGUUUCUUUAACGGAAAAAUGUGCAAAGGAGUUUGCAGAGUUUUAGGAUGCGAGAACAUGGAUAUAUCAGGGAAAUAUGGGGAUCUUUGCACUCUUCUAAAGACUUGGGAUGGAGCAGAGACCAUCAUUUUUCAGAUCUACUACAUAGUCCCUUCAUUCCAUAAAGCCGAAUGAGGUCGCCAUGAUCCUUGGGUGCCGAUAACCUCUCACUGUCAUGUACACCUGCGUAUUAAAACAGACACACCACUUUUUUUUCUUUUUUUUGUACCUACUCACGUUUUUUGUUUUUUUUUAACUUUGAAGCAGUUAGUCUUGGAUGUUGUUACCCCUUUUAAAAUGUGAUUUUUUUUUCACUUUAUGAGGAAAAACUGAGACAAUGGCCAAUAAUAGUCUACAUAAUGUAAAUGACUUGUCUAGGGCAGUCUGACACACAGUUAAAUUGGUUGUAGACUGUCCCCUGUGGACGUCAGCGGUGCAUAUUUAACGGCCUGUUACAAGUCCACAUUACAUUGGCUGUUUGACCAUUCUGGCCGGCUUUCAGAGGUAGCAUUCCUCCUAUGUGCAUAUCUGUCAGUUUCGUGAGACAUUUGAACCCAUUGAGUGUUGAAAGCAUGACCAAAUAGAAAACAUUUGGUAACACAAGAAAAGAGGUCCUUUACUUUCUUUGCUUUUUUGACUAGAGAGCUGAGUCCUCAGACCCCAAUGAAAGCAUCCUUUCACCGUCUUCUUUGUAUCCUGACGGAGGCACAGCAAACCAUUGCAGAAAUUAACAAGCCUUGUUACAUUAGUAAAAUGCAAAUUCGGCUGUUUAUUUGAUCCUUUUGGAUCUUUUAGUUUAAAAAAUUGAAACUUUGUCAUUUGGUUACUUACUGUUUUUUUUUUUUUUUUGCUGUGUCUAACAUUAUAGUCAUAUUGUCCCUAGAUUUCAGGUGUGCUUAUAAAGACCCUUUGUUAUGAGUCUGUGGAACAAUGUGAUUCAGUAAAUGGAAAAGAGUGAGGUGAAAUCCUUUUUAGGAUUUUUAUUGAGUGUAAUGUGAAGUUGAGGAGGUUGGUGUGAAUAGUGUUGUGGCUUUAUGCCUCAACAUUGUUAGUGAAACCUUAAAAGAGUACAGAAUUUAUAAUGUAUUAAAUCAAAGAUGUUUUAAAAUGUUAAGAAACAGGAAAACAAAACUGCAUAUUCACCCUAUUCUCCUUGAAACCGCCCCCCUCCCGCCUGAUGUCUUUGUUUCAUUCUUAUCAAAGAAUGUAGAUUUGCAACUUAGAGGUAUGCAUAUUUGAAAGCUUGAUUUCAAGGUACAGUUUUCCUCACAAUACACUGGUUAAAAGACUGCUCCUUUGUAUCACAUGUAACCCUAUUGUUAAACUCAUUACAUCAUACGUAUAUACAUUGUUUCAUAUAUGUUUUUAUUUAUACACAUUAGAGAUGCUAAUAAAUUUUAUUUUUAAAAGUGUU